UCAUCAGUUUUUCCACAAGCCUAUAUAACACUUUCAAUCUCUCAUUAUAUGAUUCGUCAAUCUAUUCUCAUCAUAGAAUUCAGAUAAUAUAGCUAAUUACUUUAGAGCCUAGUUAUAUAAAUUUCACACAUUAUAUUUCUUUGUUUGAAUAAAAACAUACUAUUUUUGGAGAUAUAUAUUCAAAAUGGAAGGUCAAAAAGCUAUGUUAGCUUGGGAGCAAAAGAAACUGCAAAGCGAGGUCAGUCUUGGACUAGAGGCGGCGAGGAAGCUUCAGGCACGAAUUAGUGAAGCAUCGCCGUCAUCGUCAUCUUCUUAUCCGGCGGCUGAGACAAACGAGAUUCUCAUGGAGCAAAUACUCUCUUCAUACGAGAAAGUUCUUGUCAUGCUAAACAGGUCUUCCUCGCCGUCCGUGCAGCUUAUUCCGGCGACUGUUGCUGUAGUUCCGGUGGUGAAUUCCGGCGGAGUUCCUGAAUCUCCGGCGUCGAUCAACGGAAGUCCGAGAAGUGAAGAUGGAGGAGGUUCCAGCGAGAGUCUUCGUCAAGAUCACAUUUUCAAUUCUAGGAAAAGGAAGAUGUUACCAAAGUGGACAGAGAAAGUGAGAAUAAGUCCAGAAAGAGGCUUAGAAGGACCUCAAGAUGAUGUGUUUAGCUGGAGAAAGUAUGGUCAGAAAGACAUUCUGGGCGCCAAGUUCCCCAGGAGUUACUACAGAUGCACACACCGCAGCACACAGAACUGUUGGGCAACGAAGCAAGUCCAGAGAUCGGACAGUGAUCCAACGGUUUUCGAACUGACGUACAGAGGAAAACACACUUGUCAGCAGGGGACAGCUCAUCCUCCACCAGCCUCGCCCGAGAAGCGAAACACAAGACCUAAGCUCACCACUUCUACUGCUCAAAAGCCCAACGACCUUCUCGAGAGUCUUAAAACAAGCUUAACGGUUCGAACCGAGGGACUCGACGACGCUGACAACGUUUUCUCGCUCCCUAACACGCCGCCGCUGUUUUAUGAUUACGGGACCAUCAACGACGAGUUCACUUCUCCCAUCUUCGAUGUUGUUGAUUGGUUAAAUCCAACGGCCUUUCCCACGUUUUUACCAGAGUCGAUCUAUUAUUAAAGUUAAAAAAAUGUAAUAGAGAGAAUAAAACCUAGUAAUCAUUUUAUAGAAGAAAUCACUUGAGUUUCA